GUUUAUCAACCGGUAAUGGUUGGUUACAGAAGAAGACUUGAGGCUACACGAGAAUAUUUACUAAGGAGCGUUUGCUUUUGUUUCUUGAUACAGGUCCUUGGAGAUAGCAACGGAAAGAACAGCUCAGCGUGUGAAAACGCAUUGGAGCUCUAUAUUCGACAUCCGACUACUCUUCAGUCGGUUGCUAACAUGAAUCUUGGGCUGCCGUUGAGCUCUGGCUCUAAUGAAACACACCAGGUACCUCUGAGACUGACAGUGAUAAAAGAAGAGGAAUAUGGACAUAUGAUUACAUGGCAAGAUGACGAGGAAAAGCUCAUUUCAGAUCUUCACUGUAAAACUGAAACGGAGUCACUAAGCACCAGUUACAGUGAAUUACUGCAGACUACAGUUGAAGUGAAGAAAGAAGAGGAUGAGCAAGAACACCAAGACUGUGAUUCUCCUCCGGAAACCUCUCGUGUCUUCAGAUCUCCCUCAGGAACCCCAGCUGAGUCCAGAGUCGAUUCUUUGAGGCGCAGCCAGCGUCAAGCUCCUGUCCUGCCGUCUCAGGUUCCCAGAGCGGACUCAGACCAGGGUGGAAAGAGAGGCCGUGUGGAAACAGCAGAGAGACCAGGUGUGUCAAAGAGAGAGUGGUUGAAACAGCAGAAAGACCAGUUGAACAUCCACAAGCGUGGAGGCAGCCUGCGUAAAAGACCUAGAGUGAGCUACACAGAGGAAGAGGAGCCCAAAGAUGAAGAUCGCUUCUACUGUGAGGACUGUGAGUCUUUCUACAUUGGUGAGUGUGGGGUCCAUGGUCCCCCUAACUUCAUCCCCGACACCCCAGCUCCUGUAGGGGUCCCAGACCGAGCCAGACUCACCCUGCCACCCGGACUGGUGGUCAGAAAGUCAACUUUCAGCAAAGUCACACACCCCUCUUCAAAACCAGGAGGAGCGAAUGGAGAGAUCAGACCAGAGACUCUGGCACCUGCAUCCUCAUUGUCCUCCAAACUCUGUCCAGUGGUUGUGCUAAAACGACUCUGUACACACACAAAAUCACACACUCACACAGACACUCACACACUCUCACACACACACACACAACACACACACACAGUUACACACCCCUCUUCAAAACAGGAAGAAGUUGAUGACAACAGAAGUCACCCCGUACUGUUGGUCAGAGAGUCCAACAUCCCAAACGCAGGUCUGGGGGUGUUCAACCAGGGCCAGACGGUGGCCAGAGGGGCACACUUUGGCCCCUAUGAGGGAGAAGUGACGGACAGGGACGAGGCCAUAGAGAGCAGAUACUCCUGGAUGAUAUACAAGAGCCGACAUGCAGAUGAGCACAUCGACGCAAAGAGAGAAACUCACUCCAACUGGAUGAGGUACGUAAACUGCGCUCGUGACGGUGAAGAGCAGAACCUGGUGGCAUUUCAGUACAGAGGGGGGAUUGUGUAUCGCUGCUGUAAGCCCAUCGCCCCUGGAGAGGAGCUGCUUGUCUGGUAUGCAGAGGACUACGCCAGAGACCUGGGCAUCAGCUUCCACUGCCUGUGGGACAUCAAGAGUAGCACCAAAGGGGUAACAGCGUCUCAGGUGUUCUCAUGCACGCUGUGUCCAUUUUCCUACACGGCUCAAAUCUACCUCCACAAUCACAUCAAGAGGAUCCACACGGUUGAGUACAUCAGACUGCUGAGGUGUGGAGCGAUCAGACCAGAGACUCUGACACCUUCCAGAAGCAGUGGUGGCAGCAACCAACACACACACAAAAAAGUAACUGUGAUGUCCAGGUCAACAUCCAGCAAAGUCACACACCCCUCUUCAAAACCAGGAGGAGCGGAUGGAGAGAUCAGACCAGAGACUCUGGCACCUGCAUCCUCAUUGUCCUCCAAACUGUGUCCAGUGGUUGUGCUAAAACGACUCUGUACACACACGCACUCACACACUCGCACACACACACAUCACACACGCACACUUACACGCCCCUCUUCAAAACAGGACGAAGUAGUUGAUGACAACAGAAGUCACCACUACAUUCAAACAGAAGAGAAGCCAUACCAGUGCACUCAGUGUGGCAAGAGUUUCAAGGAAAAGAAUCGUCUCAAACAACACCAGCGGAUUCAUACAGAGGGGCCAUACACCUGCACUCAGUGUGGCAAGAUUUUCUCUUCAUUGAGUGCUCUCAAACUACACCGGAGGAUUCACACAGGAGAGAGGCCAUACACUUGCACACAGUGUGGUAAGAGUUUCAUGCGAAAUGAUCGAUUCAAACAACACCAGUGUAUUCAUACAGGAAAGAGGCCAUACACAUGCACUCAGUGUGGCAAGGGUUUCAUUUCACAGUGUGGUUUCAAAGUUCACCAGCGGUUACACACAGGAGAGAGACCGUAUCACUGCACUGAGUGUGGCAAGACUUUCAGUGAAAGUGGUAGUCUCAAAAAACAUAGCCGCAUUCACACUGGGGAGAAGCCGUAUCGGUGCACUGAGUGUGGCCAGAGUUUCAGUUUAAGGGCUAGUCUCACAGUACACCAGAGGAUUCACACAGGAGUGAGGCCAUACAUCUGUACUCAGUGUGGCAAGAGUUUCAUCCGACAGGAACAUUUCAAACUACACCAGCGGGUUCAUACAGGAGAGAGGCCAUACACCUGCACUCAGUGUGGCAAAAGUUUCUCCCAAGUAUCCCAUCUCAAUCUACACCGGCGCAUUCACAUAGAAGAGAAGCCAUACACCUGCACUCAGUGUGGCAAAGGUUUUAUUACAGGGAGUAGACUCAAAAUACACCAGCGUCUUCAUACAGGAGAAAGGCCGUACCACUGCACUCAAUGUGACAAGAGUUUCAGUCGACAAAAUAAACUCCAACUACACGAACGUGUACAUACAGGAGAGAAGCCAUACAGCUGUACUCAGUGUGGCAAGACUUUCACUGACGGGCAAGCUCUCAAAAAACAUUGGCGCGUUCACACUGGGGAGAAGCCGUUUCACUGCACUGAGUGUGGCAAGAGUUUCAGUGGAAGGGGUAGUCUCAAACUACACCGGAGGAUUCACACAGGAGAGAGGCCAUACACCUGCACUCAGUGUGGCAAGACUUUCGUCCGAAAAGGAAGUAUGACACUACACCAGCGCAUCCACACAGGAGAGAAGCCAUACACUUGCACUCAGUGUGGUAAAAGUUUCAUCCGGAAGGAACAUCUCAAACUACACCAGCGGAUUCAUACGGGGGAAAGGCGUCAACCUAGAGGGAAACCUCAAACGACACCAUCGCAUUCACACAGGAGAGAGGAUGUAGCGCUGCAUUAAAUGAGGCCAGAGGUUCCUUUGAGACACUCAAACUUCACCAGCUCAUUCACACUGGAGUGAGCCCAAUCCACUGCUGCUCAUUGUACCAGCUUGCUUCGGAACAUUCUAUAUUAGUUUCCCAGGGGGAAACUAUCGUAAAGCUACAUACUGUAUUUGGACUUACAAUAAUGUUAGUGCUUGUAGUUACUUUGUUUAAGGUUUUAAACUGUGGACUGUCAAUUACGGUCUAAGAAAUAGUCUAUGUCUCACUGAUUUGUGGUCUCAUGAAUCAUGUUACAGUUGGUGUUUAUUAUUUUAAGGAUAGCUUAUCAGGUAAUGUAGCAUGUCUACUAACAAUUGGUGCCUGGUAACCCAUGGUAACCAGCAGGAUGUGGAAGGAUUGUGUGUGUGUGUGUGUGUGUGUGUGUGUGUGUGUGUGUGUGUGUGUGUGUGUGUGUGUGUGUGUGUGUGUGUGUGUGUGUGUGUGUGUGUGUGUGUGUGUGUGUGUGUGUGUGUGUGUGUCACAAUGUUUCAACAAUCGGGCACUGGUGGCAAUAACAGGACGUUAGGAAAGACCAUCUCCUUCACCCAUGAUGUCAUAUUGUUGUUCAUACACCCAUCACUUGGUGUAUGCGGGGAUGAGGAGCAGUGAACGGGGAUCUGACUCCCAUGAGUGGGGGGUAGGGACCCGAGACUCGGAGCAGUGAAAGGUGUGUGACAAUGUUUCAAUAAUCGGGCACUGGUAGCAGUCGCUGGUAAAUCAGUUACCUGUGCCUUUUGACAAACAUAUUUGCAGGUAACCUUUAUUAGAGUAUUGAUCUAGAAAUGCUAAUGUUAGGAAUUGAUGUGGAGAUGAAAUGGUUAACUUUGCUGCCCACCGUACGUAUCAGCGUUGCCUCUUUGUGACCGACACAUCAGAUCACAUCUGGCAUCCAGGUAUGUACUAUGUAGAAGUGUAUCUAGCAUCCAGGUAUGUACUAUGUAG